AUGGAGACACUGCAAGAAACAUGGGAACGUUUCAAAGUGAUGCUGGUUAUAUGUACGCACCAUGGUAUUCCAGAUCUGAUGUUAGGGCAGUGGUUUUACAUGGGAUUGUCAGAUAGCGUAAAGAACAUUGUUGAUUCUUCAGCUGGUGGAGCAUUUUUGAGCAAAACAUGGAGAGAAGGCCAGAGUCUGCUUGAUAAGAUGGCGCAGAACUCGGGAUGGACAACCAAGAAUGCACCUAUCACUCCAGUGGUUAUUGGGUCUAAUGAAAAAAAUAGUGAGAGGGCAGAUGCACACGAUUCAGCUAUCAAGAAUAUUGAAGUGCAGAUGGGCCAAAUUUCAAUGUGUCUAAACAAUCGUCCUCAUGGAACAUUACCUGCAGACAAUCAAAUAAACCCCAAAGAUCAAGGCCCGAAGCAGCUGAUGGCAGUGAGUCUACGUAAUGGCAGAGAUUUAGAUGUAGAGCAAGAGAGGGCUCGAGAAACCAGACAGACUAAGACACUCAUACCAGUGCCCAUUGAGCUAGAUGAGUCAACGAAACUGACAGAGGUGACAGUCCAGCCUGCCCACGAAGAAAAUAACAUUCAGAUUGAGAUUGAGAAAGAAGCUGAGACAGCCCAGGAACCAGUCGUUGAGGUAAAUAUUCCAUUGAUAGAUGCAUUGAAGGAGAUGCCUGGUUAUGCAAAAAUGAUGAAGGACUUGAUAUCCCAAAAAUUCGAUUUCCAAGACCUGGCCCUAGUGACUCUUACUCAGACCUGCAGUGCGGUGGUGACUAGACCAAUUGCUGAGAAGCUGUCUGAUCCGGGGAGUUUCACGAUUCCCUACAGCAUUGGUAAUUUUGCUUUUGCUAAAGCACUUUGUGAUCUAGGGGCCAGAAGUAUCCUGGAUGAUGUGUUGAUUCAGGUAGGGAAAUUUGUGUUCCCUGCAGAUUUUGUUAUCUUAGACUGCAAGGUGGAUGAAGAAAUUCCCAUAAUUUUGGGAAUGCUGUUCUUGGUCACUGGGCGAGCUCUCAUUGCUUGUGAGACCGAGGAGCUUAAGAUGAGAUUGAACGAUGAAUAG